CUGAAAGUCGGGCAUUUCAGUGUUGAAAUUCCAAUUUUUGAUGGGUCACGUGCUCAAGUGCUGCGAUACAAACAUCGCGGUUGACUCGCUCUUCCUACAUCACCCACUCAACUCGGUAAUCGCAACUAUGUCGGCAAAAACUGCGACCCCAGAACUUAAAAAAUAUAUGGACAAACGUCUUUCCUUGCAACUCAAUGGAUCCAGAAGAGUCACUGGAAUCUUGCGAGGUUACGAUCCUUUCAUGAACGUUGUAUUGGACGAUACCAUUGAAGAAGUCAGUGCCACUGAAAAGCAUAACAUCGGCAUGGUGGUCAUCCGUGGUAAUAGCAUUGUCAUCCUGGAAGCACUGGAGCGUAUCUCAUAAACGCUUUAACAUCAAAAAUAAAACGCCCUCAUGUUGUAGAUAUUUCCUGUCUCCCAAAUAUUAAAAACAUCGUUUCUUAUUAUUUUCUUAUAACAAAGCUUGUGGAUGAAAGUUUUCCAUGGUGAACGACGUUGUGCUUGCCAGUCACGUCGGUCGUGUCGUGG